AUGUCUGAUAGAUUAUCGAUUGAUCGAAUAAAGUCAUUGGCAGGCUCGAAUCCAAACCCAUUGCUUGCUCUGAAAGCGUACACUAUUUUUAUAUUAGAUCGUCUGGUCGAAAACGACGAUUUAGUCUACCUUGUUGACCACGUGCUUCAUUGCAACGCUUUUGCUCUUCAGGCAAAGCAACAAAUCGAAUGUGUACGUGAUUAUACGCACAUCGCGUUGGAUUUGCUACUCAGUACGCUGGGCUUUGAACCCCACAAGGAUCAUUUCAACUUUGAGACCGUAGAAUUUAUCGCAGACAGCAUUAAAGAGGGUAAGCUUGAAGGAUGCAGAGUGGAAAUUCUAGUGCUAUUAUACAUUACAUUAAACAAUUGGGCUUGUUGUGAAAUACGGUCUAGUAGUACAGCGCUAGGCUAUUCUCUUUUCCGGCUAUGUCCAAUCGUUUAUGAGAUGGUGAGGAGCAGUGCCACUUUAUUAGAUGAUAUUAACUUGAAUCUAGUUGCCGUAAUCAAUGAAUGCGCACAUCAACAUAUGUUGUGUAAUUUUCCGGAGGCCGAGCAGUUGAUACACCAGGUACUUGGACUUUCUUGCAAUACUGAAUCCCUUCUUCCAUCCGGACGUCUAGCCAUACCUGAAGCUCAGGAUUUGCUUGUGAGCGGGCAGUCUUAUGAGGUAACGCUUUUGAAAGGGUUGACUUGCUAUGCCAUGGCGAUCACGCAAGAGUUUCUGUGUUGCGAGGAGGCGAAGGAGUGGUAUACUGUUGCGAUUCAGAUCUUAGAGUCUCUCAUUGCCGGCAUCCCACAGUUUGAUGAUGUGGCUGACGCAUUGAGAUUCAUUAUUUCUUCAAAAGAUAAGUUACUUAUCUACAUUCAAGAAACUCAACAGAAGCUGUUUCAGGAGCUGGAGAGUAGACCUGAAAUUGCUUCGCGGAGGCGACGGAAGGCUGCAUCAGGACCCCGAGUAGGCUUGAGACGAAGGAAACGUACCACAACCAAAAUUGACAAGAGCUUGAUAACCAUUGGCGCUCCGGCAAUUAAUGCAGACCUGCGCUCCUCCAUUAGGCGUGAUGGCUUGUCCACAACCAUUCUAGAGCUUUUAAGUGUCAAGGCUCUUUUUCAUACCCUCUGCCCCGGCCUCGAGGCAGGGAUCGACCCUUGCGUGGAUGAUUUUGUUUCACCUCUUUGCGAGUGCAUACCACCUGAAGCGCGUGUAGUGAGUGUUUUAGUAUGCACUGAGACCCCUGUUCAACGCGCUAUUGAACAGGAAAAAAUGUUGUUGCAAGGCAUUCGACGAUCGAAUUCGGUAUGGGUACUUAGGAGUCGAACGUCGGAUCAGUUUGUGAAUCAUGAACACGUCGAUAUCCCAAGUAAGUCGAUAGAUUUGCAUACUACAAAGGUGUUCUCUAAACUGACGCCGCCGCCACCGCCAUCGUCGUCUGCGAUUGAAAAAUCUUGCUCGCAACUCAGUGCAGCCGUAAAGCUCCUUGAUAAGCGGCUUAAUGCAUUGAUCAAAUGUGAAAGAGCCUUUGAGGACCAAUGGUCUGCUACUGAGAUGAUUAGGAAGGCGUUGAUGGCUUUCUAUGUGCCGCAGGAACUACUUAAACUAAAGACUGAACUAUUCGCUAGUCAGCGCAUUCAGGCAUUACGAAGAGAGCGAAGUGCGCGGAUUCUGACAACUUUUUUUAGGCGAAUUCUGCAUGCAAAGCAGCGACCCCACUCUAAGAGCGGGGAAUGGUAUAGAAGAUCGAAGGAAAAUGAGGCUGCGAUCAUCUUGCAAUGCUAUGCGCGUCGUUGGAUCGCCAUUCAGAAGCGGAAGGAAUUGGAAUUACAGAAGAAACGCAUUAUUCAUGGUGUCAUCUGCAUACAGAGUUUGUUUCGAGGAAGAAAGGCACGAUAUAUGUAUCCAGAGCUUCUCAAGAAGAGGCAAAUCGAGACUUCCGCGUCUCAGAAGCUUGCUUCUUUGCACUUCGCAGCGACUCAAAUCCAGCGCGUGUAUCGAGGUCAUUCAACCCGACUGACUCUGUGGUGGUGUCUAGGCCGUCACCACUACGCUAUCCUUCAUCACCUGCACGACUCCCGCCACUACUACGCUACACUCAUUCAAAGUAGAGUACGGGGAAUGUUGGUGAGAAAGAAAUACGGCAAACAGGUUUAUGCGAAACGGUGUAGUGGCCGCAAUAGGUACCGUGCGGCUUUACUGGAGCGGAGUUGUAUAGUCAUCCAACGAUGCUUUCGAAGAUAUCGUAUGCGUUACCGUGUUUCUGAUUCUUCUCGUUCUCGCACAAGCAAUAGACGAGUAAACACUCGCGUAGUCGACCAUUCUGAUGAGCAUAAAGUGAAAGAAGUAAUACAGAGCCGUUUCUACGCUGCUGCCAUCAGCAUCCAACGAUUAUGGCGGAUGUAUCACGCCAGAAAAUUUGUGAGGGUGUUGAUGGAAAAGCGAAGGAUCGCGACUCUUUCGAGACAGAAAGAAAUGUACAAACCAUUUUUGAUCAAUGAAUGGAUUUUCUAA